AUGUCCUGCCCACAUAUCGGUGCAACGUCUGCACUUCUGAAGGCCAUACACCCGAGUUGGAGUAGUGCUGCUAUGAGAUCUGCUCUGAUAACCUCAGCGGAACUGAAUAACAAUUUAGGCAAGCCAAUAACUGAUGCGUUCGGUAAGCCGGCAGAUCCUUUCCAAUUCGGAUCGGGUCAUUUUAGGCCAACGAAAGCAGCUGAUCCUGGACUCGUGUAUGAUGCAUCAUACAUGGACUAUCUUCUUUUCCUCUGCAGCAUUGGGAUUAAGAACUUGGAUUCUUCGGUCAAGUGUCCUAUAAAGCCACCCUCUCCUUCUAAUCUCAAUUAUCCGUCCCUCGCCAUUCCCAAACUCAAUGGCACCUCUACUGUCGAGCGAAGAGUCACAAAUGUUGGUAGCAGUAAGAGUGUCUAUUUUGUCAAAGUUAAACCACCACCGGGAUUCUCCGUGACGAUCUCACCUUCAAUUUUAUUCUUUAAUCAUAUUGGCCAGAGGAAGACAUUCACCAUCACAGUAAAAGCAAACAGGGUAAACAAAGGCAUGGGGAAAGACAAGUACGCAUUUGGAUGGUAUACAUGGUUUGAUGGAAUCCACAAUGUCCAAAGUCCCAUUGCAGUUUCAGUCGCAUAG